UUCGAAAUCGAGCAAAAUGUACUCCCGGAUAUUUUUUUACGCUUUGCAGCUCGGCAUUGCCGUCUCACUGGUUUUCGGGGACUGCAAUACCUGCACCUAUCCUAGUCAAGUCGCCUGCGUUUCAGACACACAAUUCCAGUUCUGCAAGGAUAGCUCGCCCACGGGUCCGGUCAACAGCUGUCCCGAUGGUUCGGUCUGCACGGGAGGCAGCGUUAUCUGUGAGGACAGCAGCGUCGCAGAGUCAGCUUGCUCGGGCUGCAAUGUUUGUAAUCAAAAUCAGACCUUCGCCUGCACUGGACCUCGCACUUUUGCCCUCUGUCUGGGCACCAGCAACGUUUCCUCCAUAACAGGGAAUUGUGCGCCCUACCAUGUCUGCAAUAUCGACACCCCCCAUAUCUGUGGCAACGAAACGCUAGGCACUCCCGCCACCUGCUCCUUUUUGGACUCAACCACCCCACCGGAUAGCACAACGGCUCCCACAACGGCUCCCACACCGGACCCCACAGACCCCACAGCAUAUUGCCGUUUAAUACAGAAUACUGGACGCUUCCCCUAUGGCAUUCUAUUAGAGAGUACUUGCAGGCAGUACAUAAGCUGUUAUAUACGCAACGGUGUUUGGAACGGCAUCGUCUAUUACUGUCCCUACAACACUUUCUUCGACAGCGCCGGUCGCAUCUGCACCGCCAAUGUGCCGCCCCGCUGCACCACAGGCAUCCAAAAUAUACGGUUGCUUAGUUUGACGCUCGAGUGAUGCGAGACACCUUUUUCUCUGAAAUGAAAAGCAGAUUUAAAUAAAGAACAAAUUAGAGAGGUAGAAAUAAAUGUCCUCCUUUUCCCAAUUA